AUGGUCUUGGAAGGCCCUGUGGAAGGCCACCAGGAUGAAGGCCACCAGGACCCCCAGAGAAAUGUGCCCACCAAGGCUACCAAGGCCAUUAUGGCCACUAUGGUUCAUUUCUCCACUGUGACCACUGUGGCCAUUAUUGCCACUAUGGCCACUGUGGCCGCUUUGGCCUCUGUGACCACUCUGGGCAUUGGAACCACCAAUGUCAGCAUGGCCAUUGUGCCCACAGUGACCCAUGAUGUCACCAUGCCCACUGUGGCUACCAUGGUCACUGUAACUACCGAGGCCACCAUGGCCCCCGUGGUUACCCAGGUGACCAAAGUCACCAUGGCCACCACAGCCGCUGUGGCCACCACGGCAAGGUUCUGCGAGACCAUCUGCGACGACGAGAAAGAGUUCCAGCUCUCAGACAUCUACCAGCAUGUUCAGUGUCCCCAGUGUCCCACACUGGCCCUGGUGGCAUCUCCCCUCUCUCUGGAUCCCCUGGUUUGGACCCUGGCACAGCUGGCAAUGACCAUGGCCACCACAGCCAUCACUGUGAUGCUCCUGGACAUGGCCUGGCACUCCUUUGAUGACCAGUACCCCGGCUGCCGACACGCCAUGACCGAGUUGUUGCCAGCCCUCAUCUGCUUUGAGUUCCAGCAGAACCCUCUGUUUGCCCAGGUCUGGGUGAAGGCUGCGGCCGAGUGGUGGAGGCGGGGGCCACCUGUGACCCCUCUGUCCUCAGCCCAGGCCAUUGCCCUCAUGGCCUACACAAUGAAGGACGUGUACAAGGAGUUCAACGCUGCUGUGCGUGUGGCCGGGCGCUCCCGCCAGGAAUACCAGAACAACUUCCACUUCAAAAUGCUGCAUUUCCUGCUGACCCAGGCACUGGCAACACUGAGGGACACUCGGGGACCGCGAUGUCACCAUGUGUUCCGGGGAGUGCUUGGGGUCCGGUUUGAGACGCGGUGUGGUGACACCAUCCGGUUUGGUCAAUUCACAUCAACAUCACUGCAUAAACAGAUCGCUCAGCAAUUUGGGACAGACACGAUGUUCCAGGUGCAGACGUGUUACGGCGAGGACAUCCGAGAAUUCUCCUCCAAUCCUAGUGAGCAGGAGGUGCUGAUCCCACCCUUCGAGACCUUUGAAGUCACCAGUGUCACCCAGGAAGGGGACAGGGCAUUGAUCCAGCUCCGCUCCAGCUGGACCUUCAGCAGAUACAGCUGCGAGUGGCUGCGACGUGACAUCAUGGGGAAAACCUGGAGGACAGGGACACACAUUGUGGGUAUGGGGACACCCAUGAUUAGGUAG